AAUAAAGAGCUACGCUGAGGCAAUUCACUUUUUUGAAAAUGUCGGAACGGUGCCCGUAACUUGUUACAACUGGGGAGUGCUCCAUUUAUCCCCCGGGUCCGCCCGGGGAACGGCCGUGAUCUGUUAAAUGUUAUUUAUUAUCACUUUCCACGCAACGCUUGUUGAUUCGUGACAAUACAUAAUAUACUACGAUACAGUCUUACCCAGAAUGAGAACCUUUCUCUUGAGUAUUACACUUUAUUCCCCGGACUACGGCAUCUACCAAAGACUCCGUAUAGGUUUCAACCGGCUUCAACACAACUAACUUGUAUGGGUCUACGACGCCAUCUUGUGGCCGACGCCACAACGCGCUAAACAUAACGAGCGUCGCUUGAUUGUGUUGCAUGCUGGGAAGUGUAGUACCAGUUUUAUUGGAAUUCUCAGGGCACUGACUUUCGACGUAAAUAUCUUUUUAAGGAAGGAUACAUUUAGAUACAUUGCAUUUCAGAUGGUGUUUUAUUUACCUAUACGGCGUAUACGACCUAUUAAAACACGUAUUACUCUUGUUAUUAGUGUACGCGUAAACUACACUAACCACAAACGUGGAGCUUUUUGUUUACGCUGUCGACAGUGGAUGACAGCGACUGCUGAGCUCCAGAGUAUCAAAGAAUACAUCGCCGGUGGGGAAAAAGAGAUGCGUUUGUGACAUUGUGUAGCUAGCUAACGUCAGGUAGCUAGCUAACGCGGUGCACUAUUUAGUAUCACAAUCUCGUCUGUGAGGGGGAGAUACCGGAAAAGUUUACUAAACAGCUCUUCGUAGUGGUUGCAGUCCGUUAGCCAAAGCUAAACCGGAGACGGGAUCUCAAUUGCCGGGUCAUCCAGACGGGACCAGCCCUGGGAGCCGGCUGCAGCAGUCACACCCUGGUCUGGGUGGGUGGGGGGGAGAGAGAACCCUUUCUGCGCAGCAACUUUACGCUCCACGUGUGGCGGUGUUUAAUUCAAACGCACCCCCCCCAGACUUCUUAGGAGCUUCAGAGCAGCGUUGGGAGCUAGCGGUUAACGGCGUGGACUGGAUAUGACUGACUCAUCGUCAUGGUACGGCCCGAGGAGAUAACCCCGAAUAGUCUGUCUGCUGCAGCGCCAACCAGACAGCCUCUCACCUAGCCGGGCGGCGACGUUAUUCAGACAUUGCAACUGUUUCGAUUACACACGUCCUCUUGCAGUCAGCGUCAUGAACGGCCCGAUGUACACGUUUGUCACGCGCGACGACAACAGCACUGUUUAUGCAGAAGUUUCCAAAAUCCUCCUCUCGACUGGACAAUGGAAGAGGCUGAAAAGAGACAAUCCCAGGUUCAACUUAAUGCUCGGUGAACGGAACAGACUGCCCUUUGGACGUCUUGGUCAUGAACCAGGACUGGUGCAGCUGGUGAAUUAUUACAGAGGAGCAGACAAGCUUUGCAGAAAGGCCUCCCUGGUGAAGCUUAUAAAGACCAGCCCGGAGCUGUCUGACUCCUGCAACUGGUUCCCAGAAUCCUACAUCAUCUAUCCCACUAACCUCAAGACCCCUGUGGCCCCAGCUACAAAUGGCAUCAGCCAUCUAAAGAGCAAUCCCAAGACGGAUGAGCGGGAGGUUUUCUUGGCCUCCUAUCACUCUAAAAAAGAAAGUGGGGAGGGCACAGUGUGGAUAGCCAAGUCUUCUGCCGGAGCUAAAGGUGCUGGUAUUUUGAUAUCCCAUGAUGCUAAUCAGCUGCUGGAGUACAUUGAUAAUCAGGGGCAGGUUCACGUUAUUCAGAAGUACCUGGAGAAACCUCUGCUUCUGGAGCCGGGACAUCGGAAGUUUGACAUCAGGAGCUGGGUGCUAGUGGACCAUCAGUACAACAUUUAUUUAUACCGGGAGGGUGUGCUGCGGACGUCCUCCGAGCCCUACAACAGCUCUGACCUCCAGGACAUGACCAGCCACCUGACGAACCACUGCAUCCAGAAGGAGCACUCCCACAACUACGGGCGAUACGAGGAUGGGAACGAGAUGUUCUUUGAUGAGUUCAGGCUGUACCUGCUGAACACUCACAACAUCACCCUGGAGACCAGCGUAUUACCUCAGAUCAAGCAGAUCAUAAAGAGCUGUCUGACAUGUAUUGAGUCGACAAUCAGCACCAAGCACCUGUCCUACCAGAGUUUCCAACUCUUAGGAUUUGAUUUCAUGGUGGACGAGAGCUUCAAAGUGUGGCUCAUUGAGAUCAAUGGAGCUCCGGCCUGUGCACAGAAACUGUAUCCGGAGCUAUGUCAAGGCAUCGUGGACGUGGCCGUUUCCAGUGUCUUCACCCUGAACAGCGCCGGUGACUCUCCAUCCCGCUUCCUCAUCACCUUAUUCUUCUUCCCCGUCCUCCACCUCCACCUUCACACCAGCUCCUGCUCCUCCCCCAAGCUGAGGGGGCCUCUCCCACGUGGGCCCCUUUCACUCGGCUGUAAGCACACGCAAAUCUUCCCUUCGUCUCCUCCGUGCAGCUCUUUCUUGCUCUGUCCUUACUCCUGAACUCUACCUGUAAGUAGUGCAUGCAGCGAGCCGAGCCUUUUAAUCGAACCUCGCCCGUCGCGCCCCGGACAGAGAUUCUUUCUUUCCGUGGCAAUCAAUGCAGAAAUGAUCUCGGCUCUCCUGAUUAUGAAUAUCACCAAUGUGAAGAUUGGCGACGAGAGGGAGUCCGGGCAGUUUCUGAAUUGAGGACAGGACGUCCUUCCAUCUCAGCCCCACCACCAGACUGUAGUGCCUUACAUUUCCAGCCAUGCUCCCUUAAAAAAAAAAAGACUGCCAGUUAGCUUGCUCUGUUACCGUGACUCCUACUUGUUCUAUAAGCCUUUGCACUGUUUGCCCAGUCAAGUCAAUGCGGUCAUGAUCAGUCCACAGGAAUUACCUUAAAACUAAAGACGUUGCAUUUGAGUCAUCGUGAAUUUGUGUUAAUUCUGAAUGCUAUCUUUCUCAGACAUGUUUUUAUUAUUCUUAUUCAUAUUUUUUUUUUUUAUUGCAGCUUGUCUGCAGCCAUCUGUAACCCUUCGUUUAAUUUAGUAAUGUCACAGCGAUCAAUAGUUUAAACUUAAAAAGGCUAAAAGUGUCUGAUGAGCUGGACAAUCAAGCCGUCGAGGUUUUUCCUUGAAGAUCAACAUUCCUCUCAACAGACACAUUUUAUGUACAUUCAGGGCCGCUGGGUGAUGUAACUGAACAAGGAGAAACACCCCUUCAUUCUAAACCCAGGUUUAAGUCCGUCCUAACAAGUGUCCCUGACAUCUGACCUCCCCCCGGCAGAGAGGAAAGAGAAACUCCAUGAAGUGUGAGCCGACAUUAUUCCGUUCUAAAUGAACUCCUUACAAAACAUCGUCCAGCUGAAGAUAUUUUCAGAUUUAAGUUGUAUUCGUCAUUUCAAGAGAGCAUGUUUUAGUGAAUGCAUGUAGUAGAAUGCAUCCUCAUUUAAGCCCCCUCCCAACAUUUGCACCUUUUGGCCCCGGUUUGUAAAAAGAGCUGCCCUAAUGUCCAUUUGAUAUCCGGUGUAUGAAAAGCUAGACUGUCAUUGGGGAAAUGCGGUCAAUAAGUGUGUGGAUUAUAUAUUAGUUUGAACUGUCGUAAUGAAAGCGUUAAAGACCCCGACCGAGGAGAUGGAGAACACGCGCCGCCGCUUCCUGCUUUUCACACUGGUAAAUAGACGAGUCACAUGCGCCAUUACCAAAGAGAAGUCAAUGAGGACACAGACGGCUCUUCAUCCCACCGCUGCCUCUUCUUCAGUUACUGUGUCGGAGUUGCUUUCAUUCCCGGAUUUUCAUUUAGUUUCACGGGGUCCUUUUUUAAAAUGCUUCAGUUUCCUCCACUUUUCUUUUGAUUAAUCUCUUUGUAAAUACAUUAAAUACAAAUGUCCCGAGAUGACUUUGGACAUGGAACUUUAAUUGGAUGAAAAAUGUUGGACAGCUGCACUUCGGGAAAGUCCCAUUCACGUGUUGAACUCCAGGCGCUCAUUUUUAACAGAAUAAGUCAUUCUGGAAUUUUAGUCGCCGUGGUCCCUCAUUCAGGUAAGAAGCCCCGCUGUUCCUCUUCGGUCCUCAUUUUAAAUGUGUGAGGCUUCACUUCCAUGUUGUGAGGACACCAUCAAAGCAGCUAUUUCAGUUGUUAAACGUGGCGUAUUUGUGUUUACAAGAUGACUCUUGGUAAAUAAAGGAUGUGGAAGUGAUGGAGGUCAGACAGAUGGAGUAGUUACAGAGCAGGUAACACUGUCAACAGAUGUGGAUAUUAUGGGAUUAUGGCAUCCAUUAUAUUGCAGAGCCCUGAUGUAGCUGAAAUGAUGUAUGAAAGUUUUGGUAAAACAUCAAUGUUAGCCAGAUUAUUUUAUUUACGUGAUGAAUAUGUUGGCUGUUUUUUUGUAAUCGUCGGAAGCAAACUGUCAGUAUUUGUUUUAAUUACAUUUUUAACGGGAAUGUCUUUCCAUCAAAGGGAAAGGUGCCUUAUGGGGGGAAAAAAACAAUGGAUCCUCCAGCGUUCAAAUGCACCUUAAUUUGUUUGUAUUGAAGAGAUUUUUCCUCAUUCAUUAUACAACCUCUUAAAUUCAAUGAUGUCAUUUUCUCAGAUUUUCCUUUUAUAUUCUCCUGGAUUUCCUCAUCUUUACCAAAGAUUACAAUUCCUGCCUGUAUCUUUUUAGUGUCAAACUAUGUUUUGUAGUGCUGUAAUCUGGAAGUGAAUCACAUACAUUUUUCAACAGGAUCCUAAAUCAAAGAUCAUAUCCAGAGGGAUGUGUGCUGUGUUUUUUGUUAGGUGAUGUUUUAUCCAAACUCUUGCAUGGACCAUUUGUCUUCAUCAGACACAAUAUUACUAGAAUAAAACCAUAUUACUAGAAUAAAAAAAGUAUUACUAUUA